UGAUUGUAUUUUCCGAAAUAUCCCUAAAUACAAGCCUGAUUAGGCUAAAACACGCACCCAAAAGACCAAAUCAACUCCUGUACCACUACAACCAAGUCGACAACGGUCAACUCCGAAAAUGGACACCGAUGAAACAUCUAAUCCAAGCUCCGGCCACCGUCGCUCCGAUCGGAUCAAAAUGAACGUCGGAGGCAAAUUCUUUGAGACAACAAUUUCAACUCUUCAAUCAGGCGGUCCAGACUCUUUAUUAGCCACACUCUCCAGUCGGCCCACUCCGGACCCUAUCUUCAUCGACCGUGAUCCAGAAAUCUUCUCCGUUCUCCUCUCUCUCCUCCGCUCCGGUCGCCUUCCGUCCACCGCAGCCACUCGCUUCUCUAAACAAGAACUCGCCGAUGAAGCUUUGUAUUACGGCAUCGAGUCUGACCUCAAAUUAGCCACCUGUCCGCCUCCUCUCGCCGGCAUCGACGUCUCUCUUGCCACCACUAUACGUCCCGCCUCCGAUGGCUUCCCCUCCGCCUUCACAGCCGCCGCCGAUGACGGAACCGUCUGGAUUGCUCACGGUGGUCAAAUUUCAGCUUACGAUUGGAAUCUUAGCCAUUCUUGCUCUAUCCGUACACAUCUUGAUGAUAUUACCUCAAUCCGACGUGUCACGGAGAAUAUUACGGCCGUCGGAUCUGACUCGUCUGCCGGACUUCAUUUCUAUGAUUUUUGUGGUUCGAGACACGUCGGGUCAGUUCACUGGACCGACCCGACCGAUCCCAGGAUUUAUAAAGCUAGGGUUUCGUCAAUUGCUGACUCAGCAAAUCAGGUAUUUGCUUCUUUUGACUGUCAACAUAGAGAGAAUUGUGUUUUAGCAGUAGAUAAAUCAACGCUCCAGAUUGUUUCUGAGAUUAUUAGGCAAAAUGGUAGCUCAGCGAAAUAUAUAGUCCCGACGAAGCUGACAUGGCUUCCGGAUAGUAACGUCCUUAUCGGAACGGCUGUUACAAGUGGGCCAUUUGGUUACUCCGGUUAUAUUCGAAUAUGGGACUCGCGGAGUGGUGAUGUGGUAUGGGAGACGAGUGAGCCGGGUUCUGGCCGGGCUAGUAGGUUUGGUGAUUCAUUUGCUGAUGUGGAUGUUGAUGUGGAGAAUUCGAGUUUGUUCAAAAUAUGUUCAAAGUCUGGUGAUUUAGCAAUGGCGGAUUUACGUAAACUAGGAGAUGAUCCGUGGGUUUAUAUGAAUGAUAAAAAUCCUAGUAUGAGAUUUAGUGGGGGUUUAAUGGAGAGUGUAAUACAUUGUUACAGGAGUCAGGUUUUUGUCGGAAGAGAUGGGUCGCUUGAGGUUUGGUCGAAGGUGGCAGAGAGAGGAAGUCGGAUUGAAAAUGAGAGUUUGAUUAGCGAAGAGCUGUAUAGGAGGAAUUUCGUGGAUAAAGUGGAGGAUUCUGAGAGAGGGAUCAUUAGAAAAAUCGAAGGUGGCGGUAAUAGACUGUUUGUUAGUAGAGAAAAUGUCGAGGGUAUUGAGGUUUGGGAAAGUUCUAAUUCUUCUUAUCCAGUUUCAGUUUUGUGACAGAAGAAUUUAUUAAUGUUCGUGUUGGGAACUGGCAUCAAGAGGCAUUUUGCCUUGUCAAAAUAGUUGCUUGAUAAGUUUCACGGUCCUGCUUUUUCCAGUUUGCUGCUGUAUCGGAUGGACAUGCUAUCAUUUUCUUGAGCUCAGCCUUGCAGGCACCAAGAAGGCCAGAGGAUCAAGCAACAGAAGAAGCGGUGGACUCACUCACUAGAGGCGCAACACAGGGAACUCGAGCAUCCAACACUGUUUCAUACACAAAAUGGUUGAGCAUCUAACUCUGCUUCAUCAACUACCUCUGAGAAAAAAAGCAAGGGCCACUCAGUAGAUAGUACGUAUAUUUUGAGUCCAUGAUUGUAUAUUUUUGGAGCAAAGGCAAUUCAGUAGAUAAUACAUAUAUUUGGAUCCACAAUGGUAUAUUUUUUGGGACAUUGUGGUCAUGGUAGUUUGUGAUUCUUUUGGUACCACAAUGGUUUGAUCAAAAUGUCAAUAUAACGCUCAGUGCAUUAAAUAGCCAA